AUGUAUUGGAAUCAUCAACCCUCCGGAUCCACGGCCAACGCCGCCUGCCGGAGUCGACAGCAGAUACCGGACGUCGCCGCCAGACGCCGCAAUCGCCUCCAUCGGCGACGGCUCCGGUUAUUGCAGUUCCGGGAUUCCAGCCACGCCGCCUCUGAACUAGCAGCCACCGGAUCGACGGCCAACGCCGCCCGCCGGACUCGACAGAAGAUACCAGACGUCGCCGCCAGAUGCCUCAAUGGCCUCCAUCGGCGACGGCGCCCGAUAUUGCAGUUUCGAGGUUCCAGCCACGCCGCCUCUGAACUCGCCUCCGUCGGCAACAUCAAUGGGUCAAAUUUAUAA